UCCUUGGCUCUUGGGGAUGAGAACCUUCUGCCCUUCCACGGAAGACUGCCUCUCCAUGAGCCGACAUGGAUACACCUAAGAUGGAACCAGGAGCUUGGAUGUUGCAAGUCCCCUUGGGUGCAAGUGAGAGCGUUUCUAGGUGAUUAUGACAAUGAAAAGCACCCCCUUGGGGGCUGGUACUACCCUGCAGCUGAACACAACGCAACACGGCAAUCCCUUUGGACAAUCCCUGAAUUGUAUCCAAAGGGACCAGAGAGGAGGAGGAGGAGGAGGAUGGUGAUGAUUAUGAGAACAUGGCGCCACCCUACAAGGAUCUUCCUCCCAAGCCAGAUUCACUGGCUCCACCAAGGCCUCCGAGAGCAGGAAAGAAAAUGGAGAACCCCCCACUUCCCUGCAAGUCCCCAAAGAUCAAAGGCCUGGACCUCACCCCUGUCCCCCGCACAUCUCCUCAACUGGGUGUCAAUCUGGAACAUCCUCCGUUCCAGUCAUCCCUAGCUAUAACUCCAGUGACCCACCUCAGUCAGAAGUCCAGGUGUCCUGGGUGCUACCAGGAGGAGAGACUGGUGGUGUACCUGUGCCUGCUGGUGGUGGUGUCACUGCUCCUGGGCUGCACUGGUCUGGCUGUGACCCUGAUUAAGUACCAGGAGAUGGUGGAAGAGCUAAAGAUAUUAACCUUUCAGCAGAUGGCGUGGCAAGCAAAUGUGACUGGCAUGGCGGGGAUAGCUGGCCUGAAGAAGGACAUUGACCACAUAAGAACUUACACCAACCAGUCCCUAGUAAAACUUCGGGGCUUAUUAGACUGUACCAAGGUCACCUGCCCAGAGGGUUGGCUACCCUUUGAGGGGAAGUGUUACUACUUCUCCCCAACCACCAAGUCAUGGGAUGAAGCCCGGAAGUUCUGCCAGGAGAAUUACUCUCACUUGGUCAUCAUCAGUAGCUUUGCUGAACAGCUUUUGGGACCCGGAGGAACCCAACAACAUCUAUGACGAGGAUUGUGCCAGCAUGAACAAAGGUGGCACCUGGAAUGACCUCUCUUGUGACAAGACUACAUAUUGGAUCUGUGAGCGGAAGUGUUCCUGUUGAACCUCACAGCUGAGGGUGGGUGUGGGUCCAUACCCAGUGCUCCUUGGCUCUUGGGGAUGAGAACCUUCUGCCCUUCCACGGAAGACUGCCUCUCCAUGAGCCGACAUGGAUACACCUAAGAUGGAACCAGGAGCUUGGAUGUUGCAAGUCCCCUUGGGUGCAAGUGAGAGCGUUUCUAGGGUGAGGAUUUGAGGGCUUGUUUUUUUUUUUUUAGAUUUUAUUUAUUUAUUUGGGAGAGAGAGUGAGUGAGGGAGAGUGCACACAAACAGGGGCAGAGGCAGAGGGAGAAGCAGACUCCCCUGCUGA